AGAUGCAAGAUGGAUGCGUUUCUAAAUUUUCAAAAACUUCUUAAUCAUAUUAAUAUUGAUUGUCCUAAAGUUGAGAGACAUGAAGAAUUGGCGGGGACAACAAAAUUCUGCAUCAUCCAUAUGCAUGGAACUCUCAGCUUUGUUCAACAACAACUGAUUACAACCGGAACUGUUGAUCUAAUCAACUCCCCAUUCAAGAAUUUGGAGGAAACUGUCAACAAACUCUUCAAGUUGUUAGUUCAUCAUAGAAAAUUAUACCCAAAGUGUAAUAUUGGUCAAGAGGAAUGGAAUAAUCUUGUUGAUGAUGCGUUGGCGCAGUUCAACUUAAUCCCUGAUGUCAUUCAAAAUCCUUUGCACCAACCUGUUAAUUCAAGAUUAACUCCAGCAAGGACUCCAACUAGACUCAAAUUAACUCAAAGAAAACUACUCUUUUAUAUCCCAGAAGAGACGGUAGAGACGGUUGAUCCUAGUCCUGAGGAGUCCUUGGACUCCUCUAUAUCAGAAGAUGAAGAAUGUUCCAGAAUAAGAGCCUUAACAAUUUUCAGACAGAAACUCAUUGCAACAGGCAGCGAAUUAGACAGAGCUUCUGGACGUAGGAAAGCUGUUGGUGACCAUCUUAUGAAGAGUGGCAAGACAUUGGCUCAUACAAAGUGUUUGCUCUGUGAGACUAAGUUUACAGUGAAAAAGAGCCUUUACAGGCAUUACCGUAAACUAAAGCCAUGCCGAGAGAGACAGAAUGAAAAGCCUAAGAAAAAAUCAAGAACAUCACCACUAAGGAGAAUACGGAAGAUUCGAAAAAUCAAUUGGAAAGGGAUCUCAUGGAAGCUGGACCUUCCAAUGCUCCAGUGUCACAUAGAGGAGAACCCGAAAAACAAAUUCCACGCACCAUCCCUUCUCAUAUAAAAUAUUCUGUGAAAUCUUCUUCUAUUCUACAUUCUCUGAAAACCAAGUAUAAAGAACAUACGUCUCAAGAAGAACCUAGAGGAGAACCUGAAAAACAGCCGAUAUAUUCUAUCACCUCUAGUUUUGAAGUACCCAACUUCAUCAAAGAACAGAUUCCGAACUGGAAUUUUGGGGAAGACCUUCCAGAAGUUGUGAGAAACAUUAUAUUCUCUAAGGAUACAGAAAAGUUGUACAAUAUACGUAACGAACUAUUGGAAACCUUAGAGCCUGUAGAUAUCAGCAUUCCAAUUGGUGAGAUUUCUCAGGAAUUCCUUGUUAGAUUGAAUGAAGCUGUUGGUAUUGCAAUCACUGCUGACUCAACAGAUCCUAAAAUGAAGCUCUCUCUUCAGGAAUUCAUGUCAGUGAAUUAUUCAUCUCCGUCUGUCCCUAGUGGAAGAAUGGCUCUCCGAGAUGAUUACAUGUUCAUAUGGUUUCUUAAACAAAGAAUCCAGGGGAAGGGAAAACGCAAAUCCCCAAAAACAGUCAGUCAGUAUGCCACAUAUCUGUUCGGGAAUAGCCAAGAGAAUUUAUAUAAACAUUUGGAAGCCAAGAAUAUCCGCUUAGAAGAUUCUCUUUUCCCUACGAGAUUACGCGUCACGAUGGAAAUUGAAGCUUGGGGAACUACAGAAAACCCUAGCUCUGCAAUCGCAAGGAAUGCUGCUCUGGUUUUCUGGUACGAUUAUCUAUGGCAAAAGUCAUCUGAAUAUAAUAUUGAAACGACAGACUUCAUUCUCUCAACAGCACGACAGGAGUUCCAGCGAUAUUCCCUGAUAUGCCGGAACAAUAGUUCAAACGUUUUCCUAGAUUUGAAGGAUGCGGCCAAGAAAUCCACAAGAGUUGGACAGGAACUCAGUGAACAGAUUAAUCCUAAAAGGUAUGAGGAGUUAGAGAAUGAGAUCAAAGCUUUCUUUGAAAGUCCAAAAUUCCUCUCCAUUAUGGAUGAAAUCGAUGAUAAGAAAUUGCAACUCACUCCUGAUUGGCAUAACCGUCUUUUAAUUCAACUAGCAUUUCUAACUGUACUUCAGAAUGGCCAUUGUGCUGAGUUGGCAAAUAUCCUAAAGCAACAGGAUUUGUACACUCAGGCCCCACACAGCGAACUUCCAGGAAUGUGGACGUUUCAGCUGAACAAAUUCUCCGCAGUUGAAGAAGGAAAGACGAAAUCAGUCCUUUAUCUCAUGCUUACGAGCAAGUUUACGAUUGCUCUCAACAAAUGGAGCAGGUUGAAUAUCUGAACUCCAAUACCAACCUAGAGAUAGAUAAGAGUUUGCUACUAUUCCUUCGGGAAAAUGGAAACCUAAUCUCCAUGAAUAAUAUCUACAAUCUUCAACCAUUCAAGGACCGGGGAUUUAGCAAAGAUCUUAGAUUAAAAGAUUCCCACAAGAUUCAAAGCACGGCACUGGACAAAGCACUACCACCUAACGAAAAGGAUCUACACAAGGUUGUACAUGCCCACUCUGCAGAUACCGUAACUCAGAACUACAUCUUAAAUCAAACAGCUAAAGGACCUCACUAGUCUCCU